AAUCGAUUGGUUCAGUAAAUCGCUUUAUUACUAAAACCGGAUCAUUUCGCGAUUGUUUUCAGUUGCCCAGUGUUGCUCGCGACGUUCGAUUGGCCUUGUAUUGGUUUAGUUAUUAUUGGCUAUUAAUAGAAACCAUCUUUUAACCUCAAAAUGAUGGGCGGUGGUGGUCCAAGGGGUCCGGGAGGCAGAGGGAGAGAUACAGAUGUCCAGUUAUCUUUAUUAACGAAAGGAGAAAGAGAAAAAGCCACUGAUCCAAAUGCCCCCAAGAAAGACAAAGUGCAGUUUGAUAAUAUAAACAUCAAACUAAAAUUUAAAUUGGAUUUUUCCACUUAUUUAAUUAAAUACAUAAUUGGUAUGUCUUGAACUAAAGUAAUUCACAUUUUGAAGAUAAGAAAUUAAAUUGUAAUUAAAAUUAUUACAAUAAAAUGAAAGUCCUCGUCUGCCAAAAGAUGAGAACAAAUCUACAUGGAGAGGACUCUGGAAAAAAAUUAAGACAUUAUCCCCAUUUCUAUGGCCAAAGAUGUCAUUUAUUCUGCAGACAAGAGUGAUAUUCUGUUUUAUAUUACUUGGUUUUGGGCGUGCCAUUAAUCUAUAUAUUCCUAUUUAUAACAAAAAAAUUGUCGACUCUUUGACUCCUGUUCCCAACGAACCACUACAAUUUAGAUGGGACUGGAUUUUAAUCUAUGUCGCUUUCAAGUUUCUGCAAGGCGGCGGAGGUGGUAUGGGCUUUUUAAAUAACUUGAGAACAUUUCUAUGGAUCAGAGUACAGCAAUACACAACUAAGGAAGUGCAGGUAGAACUGUUCAGGCACUUACAUAGUCUAUCCCUCAGAUGGCAUUUGAAUCGAAAAACUGGUGAAGUCUUGCGUAUCAUGGAUAGAGGAACAGAGAGUAUCAAUAGUCUUUUACAAAUGAUACUGUUUUCCCUGGGUCCCACCAUCAUCGAUUUAUUAAUUGCAGUGAUUUAUUUCUUUAUCGCAUUUAACUACAUGUUUGGAUUAAUCAUUAGCGUGACAAUGAUCUUCUAUUUAGCUUUUACAAUUAGUAUUACGGAAUGGAGAUCAAAGUUUCGAAGACGCAUGAACUUGGCAGAUAAUGAAACAAGAGCAAGAAGUGUAGAUUCGUUGCUCAACUUUGAAACUGUCAAGUACUAUGGAGCAGAAAACUAUGAGGUGGAAGCUUUCAAAGACGCCAUUCUUAAAUUCCAGGUUGAAGAAUGGAAAUCGACAAUUACCAUGAAUAUGAUGAGUUCAGCUCAAAAUUUAAUCGCUAAUGGAGGUUUAUUAGCUGGAAGUUUGUUAUGUGCUUACUUGGUGGUUAACAAAGGAGAGCUUAACGUUGGCGACUACGUAUUGUUUGCAUCUUACAUUGUUCAGCUCUACGCGCCACUUAAUAUGUUUGGAAUGCAGUACCGACAAAUCCAAAACAACUUUGUGGACAUGGAGAACAUGUUUGAUCUGUUGCGCCAAGAGCAAGAAGUAGUUGACGCCCCUGAUGCAGGAGCUAUAAUACCCAAAGGAGGCGGUAUUGAGUUCAGUGACGUAACAUUCCGAUACACUCCAGAAAAAAUCAUAUUGAAAAACAUAAGUUUUUCGGUGCCCCCUGGGAAAACAGUCGCUUUAGUUGGUCCCUCUGGUAGUGGUAAAAGUACAAUCAUCAAACUGAUGUUUAGAUUUUAUGAUGUUGAAAGUGGAUCUAUCUCAGUUGAUGGUUACAAUGUUAAAACUGAAAUAACACAAGAGUCUUUAAGAGCAAUUAUUGGGGUGGUACCGCAAGAUACUGUACUAUUUAAUAAUACUAUCAAAUAUAAUAUAAAAUAUGGACGAAUAACAGCUAAUGAUGCUGACGUAAUAGAAGCAGCUAAGGGCGCGGAUAUUCACAACAGAAUAAUGUCGUUUGCUCAACAAUAUGAUACCACUGUUGGAGAAAGAGGUUUAAGGCUGAGCGGCGGAGAAAAACAAAGAGUAGCUAUUGCUAGAACAUUGCUCAAAGCGCCAACUAUAAUUCUACUGGAUGAAGCAACUAGCGCCUUAGACACUAAUACAGAAAGAAAUAUACAGGAUUCGUUAAAUAAAAUGUGCAUUAACAGGACAACUGUUAUAGUAGCCCACAGAUUAUCCACAAUCAUUCACGCAGACGAAAUUUUAGUGCUAAAAGAUGGUGAAAUCAUCGAAAGAGGAAGACAUUCCGAUCUGGUGUCCAAAGUAGAAGGAGUGUAUGCCAGCAUGUGGAAACAACAACUAGAGUCAAAUAAUGAUAAUAGAGCAAUUGAAGACAGCCAUUCCGACGGUACAAAUUUAGGCGAGUCUGAUAAAUUUACAGAGUUUGAAAAAUCAAGAAGGCCACCUGGUGGCCCUGGGGGACGACCUAGGGGUCCAAGAGGGCCAGGAGGCCCAAGACCUGAUGGAUCCAGAGGACGCGAUAAACCAGUGGGUCGUGAUGGACAAUAGGAAGAUCAGACGGAUCUGAGAACUAAGAAGACCUGAAGCUAGAACAUAAAGUCAGACAGAAAAUAUCAAAGAUAUAAUAAAGCAUAAAUUUGGUUUCUUUAAUAUAUUUUUUGACUGAACUUGAAUGUAUUAACUUAAAAAUAUAAAUUACUUAUUUUUCACUAAUUUUCAUC